AUGGAUAAUUCAUUACAUCCCGUUACUUCAGUAAGUCCAAAAUUAAACAAAAAUGAACAAGAGAAAAUGAGAAAAUAUAAUUCUGUUCAUUUAGAGAAUUUAAGAGAAAUUCUUUAUAUCAGUUUAUUAAAUAACUGGGGAUUUUCUUUUGUUUUUGUUAAACCAAAAAAAUUUAAUAUUCAUACUGUGUUACCAUUUAUCCAUAUUUCUAAAUGUAUUGAUCCUUUUGGGAAUAUUGUAUUUUGUUAUGACGAACUAAGAAAUGAAGCAAUUAGACUAAAAGUUGGUGAAGGAAAAAAAGAUAUGGAAAGAAGAAUUACUCAAUACAUCAAAACUCAAUCAAAUAACAUUCUUGUUGAUUGCAUUCUUUCUAUGAAAUUUGUUACUGCUACAGAGAAAAAAUCAACAAAAGCUAUUACUGUUAAUACUUCUAUUCCUUCAAUUAGAAAAAUAGAUCAAAUUAGUAUUUUUGAUGGGACAAGUCAUUGGUCUAUUUCUUUAAAAGAUAAAAGUACUGUUGCUUUUCUUGAUGCAAUUCAUAAAGAAAUAUUUGAGAAUGCUAUUAAAGUAAAUUUAUGGCUUAUCCCUUUAACUAUUCCAAUUGAUUCAAUACUUCAAUAUAUACCAAAUAUAAUACCAAUUAACUAA